AUGGGGACAAUAAAACAAAGAGGAACGCUCGUAGCCCGAAGCGGUGAGACGCACCCCCGUGUCGUGCGAAUUCGGACCAAUCAGACAACGGUAUGGGCAGUCACGCUCCGCCCACCGCCGCCCCUGUUUCUACCCUGGCUAAGCCUCGAGGACGAAAGGGACGCAGCAUCCCCUCGCACCGUCCACAUCGAUCAUGACCACCGUUUCGCUCUAUCCCGAGGGCGUCUCCUCAGUGAACGUCGGGGCCGAGCCGACGGCGACGGCACGGAGCACGACGUCCGAAGCGCGGGAGAGCGCUGCACGAUCAGCCAGCGGGCCGGCCACAGCACGGUGGAGUUCAAGAGCGCGGCGUGCGCGGGGGCCUCCGAGACCCCCGCGCCGCCUCUCACCGCACUGCCGGACCCCCAGCAGUUCAACAUUUUCCCGGCCUUCUUCAGCCGCCAGCUCAACUUCAAUAACCCGGGCAGCCAAGGUGCGAAGAUCAUGGAGGAGCUGCGACCGAAUUUAGUGGGGGGUCUUCUGGGUGUCCCAGGUUUGCUGGACGAGCAUCAGCACGAUGCUAAGUUCCUGCCUUCUGGAGCCGAGAGCAAAUACACGCCGGAUAAAGGGAGGAAGUGCAGCAACGCUUCUAGUUCAUCGGCUGAAGAGUUUGGCGGAUUGUAUGGUGGGGAGCAUGCUGCUACACCGCCAGCGCCACCUAUCAGCCGGUCUCUGCAGGACCACACAGGUACUGUCUAUACAAGUAAGGUUAUAAUUCACCUUAUGUUAUAUUCAACUUAA